UAAUUUUAUUUUAUAAUGCAAAAAAAUGAGACAUGCACAAAAUUGAAACCCUAAUGUACAGACUAAAAAUUUCUAUUUAUAUGCAUCUGCAAUCUUUGUGUCUUUCAGCACCUGAUUCCAGGUUUCAUAUAUUAAUGUUGCCCGGUCUGCUGGUUCUGCUGCUGUUGAUCAUUCUACCCAUUGCGUUUUACCAGAUGUCUAUAAAGAGAAAGCGUUCCUUACCCAAAGUGCUGAUGCUGUCAAAGAACACCAGUCGUCCAUUUUUUUCAAAUCCCCGGGACGACAUAUCUAAAUUGGAAGUGUGGUCUGGAUUUGUUGGGAUGGGGAACUAUGAUAGACAGCCUAAUUUUGCCCAGCAGAAGUCCGAGAUCGGGGUUAAUGUGACCGCCUAUGCAUCCCAGGAGCCCUACAGAUGUCAACGGGACGUCCCAGUCCCUGACAGCAGAGAGUCUUCAGUGCAUUACAGCCUCUGUUUGCCCGUCCAGAGCUUCAACAAACCAUCAUCCGAUGGCAGAGCAGAUCGGACCAGCUCGGAUUCGAUUGGUGCGGAGCCCGUUUUGAGCAUUUCAGACACUGAAUGCAACAGCGAGACACUGGUGGUACCAGUUAGGCCCACUGAAAAUGGUGCGCUGCAGUUUCAUGGCUGCUUAUUUCAGUUUGACGCUGAUCUAAGUUCUCCAGAUGCGGAUCAGGAAUCAGAAGGUUUAACUGGAGAACAAGCGCCUUUAUUAAGUGACUCAGACUAUCUGCCUGUACAUGUUCCUGACGUGCAGGUGACGUCAAACUACAGGCAGAACUGGCUGCCGGGGAUUCCUCUGGAGGGAAAACAAGACCAGAGGACUUAUAUUCAGAGGACAGACCACCCGCAGGACGUAACUGAACCCGAGGAGGACUUCAGAGAUGGAGAGGAACCUAGAGUUGGCCUGGUUAUUUUGGACAGAUGGACGGGAUUGUCUUUGUCUUGCAAUUAACCGGCGAAGCGUCUUGCUUUUCUCUUCAGUAAGAGAUGUUUGAUGGUCAUCUACAGGUGACAGAACAUCUUCUGUUGGAUUUCUCCAGCUCGUUGCAAAAGCAAUGAGUGUUUACAAACUGAUUGUGCACUUUGACUGAAACUAAGAUUAUUUGGUUUCACUUUAUUUGGAUGGUCCCUUUAACACAUUCACUUGACUAUAAGUAAUUUUGCACCUACAUCUCUUUUAACACUCACUAGAUUGGGUAGACUUGGUAGGGUUAGGGAUAGAAUAAGUUGACAUGUAGUUGCAAAGUUACUUAUAGUCAGUAUAAUGUGUGUUGGAGAAGAGUUAGCUGAUAUUAAAGGAGUAAAAAAACUUUUGCUGAUAAUUUACUCACCCCCAUGUCAUCCAAGAUGUCCAUGUCAUUCUUUCUUCCGUCG